AUGCAACAACCUCCUCUAUCCCAAAGUACGUUGCGAUUAUUCACUCCUGCCGGACUAGACUUGCGAUGGAAGAUAGAUGGACGGGAUAUGAUUCAGGGGAUGAUACCGCUAGAUGAUAUGCUAACACUCUUGCAGUCCGACAACAACGCCAAAGUGUUGCUCUAUCAAUGUCGAAACUGCAACUACACUGAGAAUGCUACGAUUGAGCCGGGAAUGGCUGGAAGAGUAUACAAGCAUGAUCUGUUGACUGUUGCCAGAGAACAACCAGGAGAAACCAAAGACCUCGAUACAGACCCUGCUCUACAACGGUCAUCCAUCGAAUGUCCUGCUUGCCAUCAUCACGGUGCCGUGUUCUACCAAGAUCAAGGGCGGCGAAUCACUACCAACAUGACCCUCUUCUACUCCUGUAUCAACUGCAAAAACCUCUUCAGGGAUCCCAACAUCAAGCAGCGUUAA